AUGGUGACUACAUAUAACUCAGCUUAUCGAUCUCCUGGCGUCAUGUAUCAGCCAACUAACCCAGACGACGAAUAUUCUCCUCGGGCUAACAGUGUGCAAAACUUUUCUUGCAAAGAAGAAUCGAAUCAUCGCUAUCGACCAUAUAUGGAAGACGGUCAUAAAAUAAUAGAUUCUUAUUUAGGUGACCCAAAUCAAGGAUUCUUUGCAGUUUAUGAUGGACACGGUGGAAGUGAAGCUGUAGACUACUGUAAAAACCGGCUUCACGAGGAAUUGAAGAAAGCUCUUCAAGAAUUUUCUGAUGAUAUCCCUACAGCUUUUAAUCGGUGUUUUAAAAAAAUAGAUGACCAGCUCAGACUCGCUGGGGCUGCGACAUCUGGCUCUACAGCUACUGUUGCAUUGAUCAGAAAAGAAAACCACCAAAAAGUCCUUUAUGUCGCCAAUGUAGGUGAUUCUAAAGCGAUUAUAGUAAAAUCUUCAGGUUCUGAGCAGCUCAGUUAUGAUCACAAAGGCACAGAUCCUGGAGAAAUAGAUAGGAUAGUAUCAAAUGGAGGAUAUUUAAUCAGGGGAAGAGUUGCAGGACAAUUAGCCGUGACAAGAGCAUUAGGAGAUCACCAUUUGAAGACCAGCGGGGUCUCAUAUGAGCCGUAUGUAUCGAGGAGAGUUAUUACUCCUAAUGAGCUAUUUUUAGUUAUGGCUUCGGAUGGGCUGUGGGAUGUAGUAAAUGACAGAGAAUUAGAAGGACUAAGAGGAAGAAGCAGCUUAGAAAUAGGAAAUUCGUUGAUGGAGAGAGCAAUUAAUGGCGGGUCUCAAGACAAUAUAUGCAUUCUCACAAUAUGUUUCUAG